ACAUAUGGUUAACAACAUUAUAUAAUCAAGUUGUUGCUCCACGUAUUUGAUAGCAAACGCAAUUAAAUUACCCUAUGCCCACUCAACUAAUUUAAGGCAUUCUUAAUAGGGAAAGCGAUAUACUUGUACGGUUUUGUUCGGACAGUUUAAGUAAUUUUUCUUACUACAGAAACGUUACGUUAAGUACCUACUAUAUCACUCGCAUCUAUAGCAUAGUGUAUACCCAUAUCUAAAAUUAACACUUUAAUGCAGAGGUAUACUGAUGAAUUUUUUAUCCAUCCAGAAUUAUGUGGUACUAUUUUGUUAGCAUUAAAUAUAAUUACACAGCAGAUACAAAAAGUAAAAAGAGCUAUGGACUUCGAGUCAUGGAUAGCCUCAAUUAUAUCCAACAAUGUGCAAAGUCAUCCGAAACCCCAAGUCCUUCAAGUGCCUUAGAUGCCAGCCCAAUAGACGUGGAAUUAACGUUAAUAAAUUCGACUUCAACUGGUAAUGAUAAUGAGGGUGGCCGGCUUCCGGACAUUAUCGUGGAAACUAAAAUAUACGGCAACGAGAGCGACGUGCAGAUACAAGAAACGUACUUUUCCAUCGCAAUUCAGGUGUUCAUACCAUUUCUCAUAGCUGGAUUUGGAAUGGUGUUCGCGGGGCUUGUGUUGGAUAGAAUACAGCACUGGCCGGUGUUUGAGGAGAUAACCGAAUUAGUCAUUUUAAUUCCUGCACUCUUGGGGCUCAAAGGAAACUUAGAAAUGACCCUGGCAUCUAGACUGUCUACUCAAGCAAAUUUGGGGCACAUGGAUACUCCAAAACAACAAUGGAGUAUGAUAGUAGGAAAUUUAACUCUUAUUCAGUGUCAAGCCAUAGUAGUUGGAUUUUUAGGAUCCCUAGUUGCAGUUGUAAUGGGUGGAAUAAAAAGUAACGACGUUGAAUUAGACCAUGCCUACCUUCUCUGUGCUAGUAGCUUAGUCACCGUUUCAUUAGCAAGUUUUGUCUUGGGUUUAAUAACGGCAGGUGCUAUUAUUUUAUCUCGAUUUUGCCAUAUUAAUCCAGACAACGUUGCAACUCCUAUAGCGGCAAGUUUAGGUGACAUAACAUCUCUUGCUCUCCUGUCGUGGGUAUCGACGGCAUUGUAUGAGUCAAUAGGUACUCAAGAUUGGUUAGCGCCGUUUAUAAUAGCCGGUUAUACUUUAGCAAUUCCCAUGUGGGUGUGGAUAGCAAAACAUAACGUUAAUACAAGAGAGGUUUUGUACCAUGGAUGGACUCCGGUAAUGGGUGCCAUGCUGAUCAGUUCGAUGGGCGGUCUCAUUUUGGAUUUCAUGGUUUCCCGGUUUGAAGGUAUAGCCGUGUUUCAACCUGUUAUAAACGGGGUUGGCGGAAACUUAGUUGCGGUUCAAGCCAGUCGCAUAUCUACUGCCUUACAUAAACAAGCGCAGCUUGGGAUACUUACUUCAGACACAAAAGCAGACGAAGAUACCGUUAUUUUCAUAUCACCGGUAACUGGGUUUUGUGGAAAAGGUACGCACGCCCGUACCACGCGAGUUUUAAUGGCUAUGGUUUUACCAGGACAUAUUAUUUUUAUAUACACUAUAGUUUACAUGAAAGGUGGCGAUACCACUCUCAGUACACUUUUUGUGUUAGUUUACUUGUGUGCAGCAGUUAUGCAAGUGGCCACAUUGUUAUAUGUUGCGUACAUAAUGAUUCACUGGAUGUGGAAGCGUAAAAUCGAUCCCGACAAUUCGGCCAUUCCUUAUCUUACAUCAAUGGGAGAUCUUUUAGGUAUUUCCCUUCUGGCGAUAGCUUUUCAGUUCCUUUAUUUAGUAGCAGACCACGAAUCUCAACUAGGAGAUCAAUAAGUGCGUGUAUAUGACAUUAUUAGUUAUUACAUUGCUUGUAUUACAUUUUUAUUCCAUCUAUAUUUUGAAUGAUGUAUUUAACAAGCAAUUUUAAAUUGACAAUAGAUCGUUGUUUGUUACGCCUUGCCUAAUUUGAAUCAGUGUGGCGUAGCUAGGUAACACCAAUUCAGUUGACACUAUCGCUAGUGUGUUGUAAUCUUCGGUCAUGUUUGAUCGAAGGUUGUAAUUUAAUAUCCAAAAUAUACACUGUUACAUUAUCUUUUGAAAAUAUAUUUCUUUUUGUCA